AUGUGGAAAAGAAAGAGGAAAAGAGUAACGACAAAACAAGAAGCGAGAUUUAAAAAGAAAAUAAAGGAGACAAAGGUAUUCAAUAAAUCUAUCUACCUAUCUUUUCACAUCUAUCUUUCUAUUUAUCUCAUUCUUUUUACAUCUAUCUAUCUAUCUAUCUAUCUAUCUAUCUAUCUAUCUCUUUCUUUUCACAACUAUCUAUCUAUCUAUCUCAUUCUUUUUAUCUCUUUCUUUUCACAUCUAUCUUUCUAUUUAUCUACCUCAUUCUUUUUACAUCUAUCUAUCUAUCUAUCUAUCUAUCUAUCUAUCUAUCUAUCUAUCUAUCUAUCUCUUUCUUUUCACAUCUAUCUUUCUAUUUAUCUCAUUCUUUUUACAUCUAUCUAUCUAUCUAUCUCUUUCUUUUCACAUCUAUCUUUCUAUUUAUCUAUCUCAUUCUUUUUACAUCUAUCUAUCUAUCUAUCUAUCUAUCUAUCUAUCUAUCUAUCUCUUUCUUUUCACAUCUAUCUUUCUAUUUAUCUAUCUCAUUCUUUUUACAUCUAUCUAUCUAUCUCAUUCUUUUCACAUCUAUCUAUCUAUCUCUUUCUUUUCACAUCUAUCUUUCUAUUUAUCUAUCUUAUUCUUUUCACAUCUAUCUAUCUAUCUAUCUAUCUAUCUAAAAAUCAUUUCUUUUUUUUCUUUCUUACUUUCUUUCUAUGUAUCUUUCUUUCUUUUUUCUUUCUUUCUUUCUUUCUUUCUUAUUUUCUUUCUAUCUUUCUUCCUUCCUUUCUUUCUUUCUUUUAUUCCUUCUUCCUUUCUUUCUUUGCUAAUAUCCUUAUUGAUUUCAAAUUAUCUAAAUUCGCUCGGGCACCUCUAUAUGGCUUGAAAAAUUUACUGGGUCUCUUACUUUUCUGUCUUUCUUUCUUUCUUUCUUUCUUUCUUUCUUUCUCUCCAUAUCGUUUUACGAGCCCCUUCCCCUACCUCGACUCUCAAAUAAUUUUCUUUAUCGGAUAUUUUCCUACAACAGUUGGAAAAGAAUUGAAUAUAAAAUUCUUUUCCGGUUCUUUAUCUAUCUAUCUAUCUAUCUAUCUAUCUAUCUAUCUAUCUAUCUAUCUAUCUGUUUAUAUUACUUGCUACAAUGUGAAUGCAAGUGAAAAGUUAAUAUCUAUCUAUCUAUCUAUCUAUCUAUCUAUCUAUCUAUCUAUCUAUCUAUCUCAUUCAUUUCAUGCCUAUGUUCGCUUGUGUCUAAUUUUAAGAGAUCUAUAUCUAUUUCACCAUUUCAUAAUAUCGUUCCGACUGCCCAUCUCUCUCUAUCUCUCUUGCUCCCCAUCUAUCUAUCUAUCUAUCUAUCUAUCUAUCUAUCUAUCUAUCUAUCUAUCUAUCUAUUAG